AUGUACUAUCUCAAUUCAUAGGUCUUCUCCACAUACACACAAGUGAAAGAAAAACCAAUGGAGACGACGGUGCUGAGCUUGGCCAAGUCUGUGCUGAAUGGAGCCGUGGCUAAGGCGACAUCUGUCAUCACGGAGGAGGUGGCCUUGCAGCUUGGCGUCCGGAGAGAUGUUGCCUUCAUCAACGAUGAGUUUGAGAUGAUGCAAACUUUCCUGCUGGCGGCUGACGAGGAGCGGGGCGAGAAGAAGGUUGUUCGGACAUGGGUGAAGCAAGUACGAGAUCUUGGCUACGACGUGGAGGACUGCCUCCAGGACUUCUCGCUUCAUCUAGAGAAACCAUCUUGGUGGCGGUUCCCUUGCACCAUGCGGAAGCGCCGCAGUAUUGCCAAUGAGAUUAUAGAUCUGAGAGCCAGAGUGGAGGACGUCAGCCAUAGGAAUCUCCGUUACCGCCUCAUCGAAGAUCCCAACUCAAAGCCAACCACAGCUGCUGACAGGUACUUGUCCAGCACUGCUGCAGUAUUUGGCAUUGACGGAGCAAGACGUGCUGCGAAGCUGGAAAAUGACAAGGUGGACCUUGUUGACCUGAUCACCAAGGAUGAUAAAGAUCUUAGGGUUAUCACGGUGUGGGGAACAGGCAAUGAUCUUGGAAAGAUGUCGACCAUCAGGAAGGCUUAUGAGGAUCCCAAGGUAACCAAAAAGUUCAGAUGCCGUGCUUGGGUAAAGCUAGUAAAUCCUUUCGAUCCAGACGAGUUCCUGCGGAGCCUUGUGAGGCAGUUCUAUGGUAAUUCUGAUUUGAUUGGAACUCCAAAACAAGGAAGAACUAUGGGGGUUCACAUCUCCAAGAGCAUGGCAGCAGAAUGCGACAUGGAGAAUGAGUUUGAUAGGCAUGUCAACGAGAACCAAUACAUGAUUGUCAUUGAGGACCUGUCAACCAUAUCAGAGUGGGACUGGAUCAAACUGUACUUGCCCAACACGAACAAGGGGAGUAGAAUUUUAGUGUCAACGCAACAAAUAGAACUCGCAAGUUUGUGCGUUGGUCAGCCAAAUCAAGUAUCGGAGCUCAAACAGUUCUCGUCAGAUCAGUCCCUUUACAUCUUCUUCCACAAGGAGGGUAAUGAUCCGACUGAGACGUCACUGGAUACCCAACGGGGCCUGAAUGUGGCCGCUCAUGAAACAAUUACGGAACUAAUUUCUCAAGACCGUAAGACGCGUGAAGUAAUAUCCAUUUGGGGAUCAGAUAUUACUCAGAGAACGGCCCUCGUGAGAAGCAUUUACGAGAACCAAGAGCUUGAUGGCAAGUUUCAGAGGUGUGCCUGGAUCACUGUCCAGCAUCCUAUUGAUCAUGCUGUUUUCCUUAAGAGCUUAAUUCUUGAGCUGGAUGGAGAAAACCUAGAAGCCGAAGCUGAUAAAUUGGUUGAAGAGUUAGCCAGUCUUCUGAAAGGACAGAUGUACCUAAUUGUUCUUGACAAUAUAUCAACCAGCAUUGAGUGGGACUCAAUAGUAUCAUAUUUUCCGACAGAAGGGUGUAGAAGCAGGAUCAUAGUCACAACAGCUGAUGGAAGUGUUGCCAAGCACUGUUCAGAGAAACACGAGAACACUCACGAGCUCCAAGUUCAAGAAGAUGAUAUAGAGGCUGACUCAAACAAAAAGAAGGAGUUCAAAGCAAUUGGCCUUCAUUCCAGUUUCACCGAGUCGGAUUUAGAGUCAAACUCAAUUCUGGAGAGUGCCAAAGAUAACGGGGCAACAAUGGAAGAACCUGAGCUUAUUGGACGCGAGGAGGAGAAAUCUCGCAUCGUUAAAAUGUUACUUCGUCCAGAUGGUGGCAAUCAAUAUUGUCCUUUCAAUCCAGAUGAGUUCAAGAGCGGACUUGCUUUGCAGUUACAAUACCGUAAAAUACCCAAUAUAAUUGCCAGUGUGACAAGAGGCAGCAUCCAGAGUUACUCCAUAGAGGAAACAGAGCAAUUACUUGGAAAUGUCACAGAGAAGCUCCUUAUUGUGGUUGAUGGUAUAUCAUCGGAGGGUGAAUGGCACAUGAACCUGUCAGCGAUGACGUUAAGCGUGGGUCAGUGA